ACCCGACACCGGAAAUAAUAAAAGUGGUCGUUGUAGCCUAGCAUGUUUUUGGGUUUGUGAAUAAAUGUAUGUUUUAUUAUUAGUUUCUGAUACGAUAACUCCACGAUGUCUGAAGAGAACGUAAUUGGACCAGCUCUGCCACCGACAUUGAAAAAAGGCAAAGAUGAGGGUUCAGAUGAAGAUGGAGCAAUCAUAGGUCCAGCUCUGCCUCCUCUGUAUAAAGCUUCAGAGUCCUCCAGUUCAUGUGAAGAUAGUGAUCAAGAGGAGGUCGUCUUCAAGAGAGCCAAAUAUUCGUCAUCUAGGAACCGGUCUUCUGCAAACAGCAGAAGCACCACAAAAGAUGAGAUGGAUAUAAAGCAAACAUAUAAACAUGAGGAUGAGGAGGAUUUCUUUGGUCCAGCACUUCCCCCAGGAUUUCAGAAGCGAGACAAGUCACCUGAAGGGCCACCAUUACAAGGACCAGCACUUCCUCCUGGAUUCAAAAACCAAGAUGAAGAUGAAGCUGGUGUAAAAGAGGAUAACGGAGGGUUUUCGGGACCAGCUCUUCCCCCGGGAUAUCGAAAGCGGGAUAAAUCUCCUGAACGGCCACCUGCAAUAGGGCCUGCUCUACCUCCAGGGUUUAAAAGACGGGAUGAAGAUGAAGAGGAAGAAAAAGAUGAAGCUGAAGGAUUUUCAGGACCAGCUCUACCACCAGGUUUUAAACCAGACUUGUCAAGCAGUGAAGAAGAGGAAGAUGAUUAUGUGAUUGGGCCCAUGCCAUCAACAGGACCGUGCCAGGACACGGUUGCACUGGACUUUGAAAGAAGAGCUCAAAAAAUGAAAGACAAACUUACAGGAGUGGAUACUGGCCCAAAUGUUCUCUCCAGAGAGAGCUGGAUGACAGAACUGCCUCCUGAGUUGCAGCAUGUAGGCCUGGAAGCACGAACCUUCAAGAAAAGAUCAGGUCCUGAAAACAAAGACCGCUCAAUCUGGACUGAUACUCCUGCAGACCGCGAGCGCAAAGCAAGAGAACGACAAGAAGCCAAGGAAAAGGGUGAAUCAGCCAAGGAUGAUGUGCCUCGUCUGUCUCAGAAAGAGCUCGACAUGGCUGAAAAAAUUUCCAAAUAUAACGAGUCCAAGCGUGGUGAAUCUCUCAUCAGUUUGCACACCAAGAAAAUGAAGAGAAAAGCAGAGGAGGACGCUAAAAAGCCUGUGGAGAGAAGACCCUUCGACAGAGACGCAGACCUUCAAGUCAAUCGCUUUGAUGAAGCUCAGAAAAAAGCUUUGCUGAAGAAGUCAGCAGAACUGAACACUCGCUUCUCACACAGCAAAGACCGCAUGUUCCUGUGAGAGACAGACUCAUCUGAUGUUGUCAAGGAUUUUAUAAAAAGAUGUUGUGGUGUUUUGGAAACAUUGAAACAUUAUCAUAAAAACACUUUUAUGUAUAAUUGAAAAUAAUGUUGCUUCUGAAUGUUCUUGGAUUUUCUUUUAUGUUUAAAAUUCUGAAAGUUUUAGUGUUACAUUUGUUCAUAAUAUGAAAAUGUCAGUUUUUAUGUCUAUAUCUAGUAAUAUCCCAUCAUUCCGCUCAUUUUUGUCAGUGUUAUAUUUUGAAAAAAACAAUCUAUACUGGUUUCAUAGAAUAUGUCACAUUCAGGUCAUAUUUUUUCUUGAAAUAAAAUACGUUUAUAACA